AUACAGGAGUAUUAGUAUUAGCGUUUGACUAAAAUAAUCAGAGGGGUGGAAGAAUAAUCAAUUCUUGAAAUAAAAAUGGCUCUAGCAAUGAUGAGAAAUAGGACACUGGUGGGCGCACCAUAGGCACGUGGGAGUCGCCUUUCUCUCAUUGCUUGCACGCUGGCAUGGAGGCUAGCAAGCUAAGCUGAAGCUGCCUAUAACCAAACCAUCUUUCUCCCUAGAGGGUCUGGCAAUAACAAAAAACAGUUUGGCUUUGGAAAUUUCCAGGGGGAAUGAUUGCCAAUUUUUCCCGUCAACCAAACAACCUUAACAUAUUUCAGGUGUUGGAACAAAAGAGUUACUGAAUACUGAACUCAGUAUUGUGUUUAGUGGUCAUCUGGGCUUCCGACAAACUGUAUUGCUUGCAGCUGGAGGAAGAACUUUCCAAAGUGACUGGUGUCCUUAAAGUGAGGCUCUUAGCAAGCAUGAAAUUGGUUUUGUCUAAUACUGCCACCUUGCAUAUCUUGUGAAUUGGUAAUCCUACAAGGAGGAGAAACAAGUUCAAAGAUGAAGUUUAUGAAACUAGGAUCCCGGCCUGAUACUUUCUAUACUACCGAGGCUGUAAGGUCAGUCUCCUCAGAGGUCUCCAGCGAUCUCAUAGUUCAGGUCAAAGGAAGCAGAUAUAUGCUUCACAAGUUUCCCCUGCUAUCCAAGUGUUUGCGCCUGCAGAGGCUGUGUGCUGAAAAUCUCGAGUCACAGCAGCAAAUAGUCCAGCUACCUGAUUUUCCAGGAGGUGUCGAGGCAUUUGAGCUGUGUGCGAAGUUCUGUUAUGGUAUCACCAUCACUCUCAGUGCCUACAACAUUGUCUCCGCUCGAUGUGCUGCAGAGUACCUUCAAAUGACGGAGGAUGUGGAGAAGGGGAACUUAAUUUACAAACUUGAAGUUUUCUUUAAUUCUUGCAUACUUCAAGGGUGGAAGGAUUCAGUUGUAACAUUACAGAGCACCAAGGCGUAUCCUUUGUGGUCCGAGGACCUCGGCAUGACAAGCAGAUGUAUUGAAGCCAUUGCUUCAAAAAUUCUGGCCAACCCCUCAAAGAUGUGCUUGUCACACAGUUAUUCAAGGAGAGGGAGGGAUGAUAUCUCUUGCAAUGGAUCAGAAAGCCAGAGGCAGAAACCGGCAACCAAAGGCUGGUGGGCUGAAGAUAUAGCUGAACUGGGGAUAGACCUCUACUGGAGAACAAUGAUAGCCAUAAAAUCUGGUGGGAAGGUGCCCUCCAAUCUUGUAGGUGAUGCGUUGAGGAUUUAUGCAGCUAGAUGGCUACCAAACAUAUCAAAGUACAUAAGUGUUGACAAUGAAGUGGAGUCUGAACCUGAGAUGGAUUCAAUUAAGGAAGUUACAUCUAAACACAGGCUGCUUCUUGAAUCAAUUGUUAGCCUAUUACCAGCUGAAAAAGGUUCUGUUUCUAGCGGCUUUUUAUCAAAAUUACUGAAGGCUGCUAACAUACUUAAAGCCUCUUCAGCUUCCAAGAAUGAAUUGGCAAGAAGAAUUGGAAUUCAAUUGGAUGAGGCUGCGGUUUCUGAUCUGUUAAUACCAUCAUUGUCAUACACAAGUAACAUGUUAUAUGAUGUUGAUGUGGCCAUGACCAUAUUAGAGCAGUUCAUGUUACAAGGACAAAGUCCCCCAACAAGUCCUCCAAGAGCCAAGCGGGAUUUCGAACGAAGGAGGUCUCGUUCGGCAGAGAAUAUUGAUUUUGAGUUUCAGGAGAGCAGGAGGUCAUCCUCUGCAUCACAUAGUUCAAAACUCAAAGUAGCAAAGCUCGUGGAUGGAUAUCUACAGGAGAUAGCUCGAGAUGUCAACGUACCCCUCUCAAAAUUUACUGCAAUUGCUUCAGCACUUCCAGAGUUUGCCAGGGUCGAUCAUGAUGAUCUUUACAAAGCCAUCGACAUUUAUCUCAAGGGACAUCCAGAACUCAACAAAAGUGACAGAAAGCGUCUGUGUCGAAUUUUAGACUGCAGAAAGCUAUCCGUUGAAGCCUGUAUGCAUGCAGCCCAAAAUGAAAUGCUUCCCCUUAGGGUAGUGGUGCAAGUUCUUUUCUUUGAACAAGCUCGAGCUGCCAUGGCUGGUGGCCAAGUCACUGAUCUGCCAAGCAACAUCAAGGCUCUUUUAGCUACACACAAUGACCAUUCAUCAAGGCCUGCAGCAUCCUUCAGCAACAAUGGUAUGACACCGGCAGAUGAUCAAUGGAGUGUCUCUGGAGCAAAAUCACCCAAAUCAAAGCUUUCGACUCUAAAAAUGAAGCUGGCUGAGGAUGAUGAUUUGGAUGAAAAUUACCAGGAUGGGAUUGGGAAAUCCUCAAGAGUUAAGGCAUUCUGCAUGCUUCCUAAUCGACCUAAAAGGAUGUUGAGCAAGUUGUGGCCUAGCAACAGAAGUACUAGUGAGAAAAACUGAAAGAAAUUUUGUUUUCUUUCUAGUUAAAAGGGAUGGUUAUUUGAUGGUUAACAUAUACUCUACCUUAAUUUUUUUUUUCCCCCCUUUGUCUAGUUCUUGCUUAAGCUUUGUAAUUGUUAGGGAAGAUAAUCCAAUGUGCAUUAUUGGUGUACCUUAUGCUAAUAAAAGCAAAUGUUGUAGA